AUGACAAUUACUGAUUAUUCUUACUGUCUAGGUAUUGAACAGUCCUUGUACAAUCUCAUUUCAAAAUUAGAAGAAACUUCUGCUUCACCAUCGGCAUCGAUUGAAGAGAAGAUUGACGCUGAUUCUCAUACUCACGAUAUUAGACAUGUGCUAACAUACGUCUUACCGAUGGCAACAAGACCAUUUCAGGAGGAAGAAGACGAUAUUGCUGUAGUUCAAGAAACUAUUCUUGGUGUCGCAACUGUGACUCCGCAUAAGCCAUCGCUGACCGAGACGGUCUUAGACUUAUCCACAACGAAGAGAGACACCGGCUCUGACCACAUUAACUUUGCUACUAGGAACAGUGCCCUUGUAGAUCUUGAUUCCACGUAUGAAAAAGUAUACGCUAAGAAGGUAUUCGACAUAUUUUUUGCUUCGAAGUUCAACUCAGGAUAUUUGGGAUACUUACUGGAAGGCUUGCAGUGGCUCUACGGAAAGGUAGGAACCACCCAUUCUAAACUGGUAGUUGAGAGGUUGUGUAAAAGGUAUGAAGGAGAUAGCGGAGCGACUGAGUUCAGAACUCAAUUUGAACAAGAUUUUGAAAAGUUGGUUGAAGUGUUGACAAUUGCAAAGAAAAGCAACCCAGAUUCUUCGCAAGAAGCACUUCAAUCCAUCUAUAGGCUCCGUGAAGCUGGGAACAACUUAAUGGUCAAUAAAUCGUACCCACAGGCUAUUCAGAUCUACACAGAAGCAUUUAAAGCGGCACAGAUCUCCAGAACUACGGUACAUCAGAUUCCACAAUUGCUUACUAAUCGUGCAAUUGCAUAUAUUGGAAUGAACUGCUUUCCUGAAGCAAUUGACGACCUUAACUUGGCAGUCUCGUACGAUUCCAAUUUCACUACAGGAUGGACUCAGUUGGCAUACUGCCAUUUGUACAUGGGCUCGCUGAUGAUCUCUUUGAAAUGUUACUUAAAGGCAUUAAAGUGCUACGUUGCAUAUGAUGAGAAAGACCUUUCCAGGAAGAGGGCCGUUGCACAGACAUUAAUGCCACAGUUCGUCCAAAGGUUACUAGAGUCAAUUCAACUCUGUGAAAGAAGAGCUAGGCAACAAAAGUUGCCGGCGAACGAUAUCGAUAACAUUGUAAAUUAUGUUCAAGAAGUGGUCAGGAGUUUAGACGAAUUUUCCACUGAAGAUAAAAACUUCUAUGACUUGGAUUAUAACAUUAAUGGAACUAGUAAUGAAAUUCGAAGGUUAGCUGAAAGGAACAACCGACUCAAUCCAAGCAUUUUGAAUUCUGAUGCAUCACAAGACCUAUUAGUGAACAGUAGUAUUGAGGCCACGGCAAUUCCAAUGAGUAUUGAAACUGUAAUUCCAAGGCCUGCUACUCAACCUGUAGGCGGCAGAGGACAAGGGAGGGAUCCGUUCCAACCAGCGGUGGCUAGUUUAAGUAGAGUUGAGCAGUUUAUGAAUAGGAUGAAUACCAACCUCCAAAAUAACACUAGUGGUGACUCUAUCAACAAUGGUGACACUAAUAGCUCAGGUGAAUCUGUCAAUAGAACUACAAGAAGCACUACUACUCACACUACUCACACUACUCCAGGUGGUAAUGUGAUUCGGAUAUCUACUAGUUCAAGCAGCAACGCAGCAGCCACACCUCCUGGAGCAUCAGGAGUAAGGCAGCAAGGCCAACCUACUGUGUCGCAAGCGGAACCACAUUUAGCUACAGCUACCACUACUCUGACUCCAGGAACUGCAGCACCGGGUCCAAAUUAUAGACAAAUAAUUUCUGGAAUAGCUUCUGCCAUAGAUAACGCGAACACCAAUACCGGCACAAGUAAUGGCCGUAGUGGGGUGGUUAGUAAUGUUCUUCAGAACUUACUACCAGACUAUGUAGCAGAAGGGCUAGAGAGCUUAAUGGGAAAUGGUGCUAGAAUAGCGGUUAAUGGUGAGGAGUUAACUCGUCCAAAUGGAACCAAUAGACCAGCUAAUGCCGCAAACAGUAAUGAAGAGAGCAAUCUGGAUGAUACGGAUAUGCCAGAGGUUGAUCUUGAUUAA